AUGUGCAGUGCUCUGAGCCCAAAGGCACGAGGACCUGGCCUUUCUGAUAUGCAUCAAUACAGCCAGUGGCUGGCCAGCAGACAUGAGGCCAACUUAUUACCGAUGAAAGAGGAUCUAGCGCUGUGGCUCACAAACCUACUGGGUAGGGAGAUAACAGCAGAAACUUUUAUGGAGAAGUUGGAUAAUGGUGCCUUGCUGUGUCGACUAGCUGAGACCCUACAAGAGAAAUUUAAAGAAAACAGUUUUGAUGCAAACAAGCCUGGCAAAACCCUGCCAGUGCGGAAGAUUCCAUGCAAAGCCAAUGCUCCUUCAGGGUCUUUUUUUGCACGAGACAACACAGCAAAUUUCUUAUCCUGGUGCAGAGAUGUGGGGGUGGACGACACAUGCCUAUUUGAAUCAGAAGGCUUGGUCCUCCACAAGCAGCCCAGAGAAGUGUGCCUUUGUUUGCUGGAACUUGGAAGGAUUGCAGCCAGGUUUGGUGUGGAACCUCCUGGGUUAAUAAAGCUGGAGAAAGAGAUUGAACAAGAGGAAAUACUUUCAGCCCCUCUUCCGUCUCCUUCACCCUCCCCAACAAAGUCUCCAGGGAAAAAGAGCACAGGAAAACUGUUGGAUGAUGCUGUCAAACACAUUUCUGAAGAUCCUCCUUGUAAAUGCCCCAAUAAAUUCUGUGUGGAGCGUCUUUCACAAGGACGGUACAGAGUUGGAGAGAAGAUCCUUUUUAUUAGGAUGCUGCACAACAAACAUGUGAUGGUUCGUGUAGGAGGAGGAUGGGAGACUUUUGCAGGGUACUUGCUGAAACAUGACCCAUGCCGAAUAAUGCAGAUCUCUCGGGUGGAUGGGAAAACCUCUCCAAUCCAGAGCAAGUCUCCGACCAUCAAGGACAUGAAUCCAGACAAUUACUUGGUUGUUUCUGCCCAUUACAAAACCAAGAAGGAGAUUAAGUGA